GAUAAAACCCUAAAGACAUAAAGAGCUUGUGCCUGCUCACUGGGUUAUAUAAAAAAAACCCCCCCUUAUUUUGUGACCCUAUCUUUCCUAGUUGCAGUCGAAGUUGCGGCAUAUCCUUUUUAGUACUCCCUACUGUAAAGAUGAACAAGGAGAGGCUCAUGAAAAUGGCUGGUGCAGUCCGGACCGGUGGGAAGGGUAGCAUGAGAAGAAAGAAGAAGGCUGUCCACAAGACAACUACCACCGACGACAAACGGUUACAAAGCACCCUCAAGAGAAUAGGAGUCAAUGCUAUUCCCGCAAUCGAGGAAGUCAACAUCUUCAAGGACGAUGUUGUUAUCCAGUUUAUUAAUCCCAAAGUUCAAGCAUCUAUUGCUGCCAACACCUGGGUUGUAAGCGGUUCUCCUCAAACAAAGAAAUUGCAAGAUAUUCUCCCUGGAAUCAUCAACCAGUUGGGACCUGAUAACUUGGACAACUUGAGGAAAUUGGCAGAGCAAUUCCAGAAGCAGGCACCUGCUGCCGGUUCUGGUGACGGUACCGGUGCAGCCACUACUCAGGAAGAGGACGAUGAGGAGGUACCAGAUCUUGUACCUGGCGAGACCUUUGAAGCUGCAGCAGAAGGCCAAGCUGCUAAAUAGAGUUUUUAUCUUUAAUUUUCUUUUGUUAUAUGUUUUUGAUGAAUUUAACUAUUUGUUUCUUUUUCCAAAAUUUCUCUAUUUGUGGUUUUUGUUUGCUCUACCUUGUACUCUUAAUGGUUUGGUUCAGAGUAAGCCUUCUAGAAUUCCUAUUAUUAUUGCCAAUGGAUUAGAGAUGCAUUUUCCCAAA